UUUAUUCACCAUGGAUGCUAGCGUCAAGUCUAAUCUGCCGUGGGUGGAAAAAUAUCGCCCAGCCAAACUAACGGAUCUUAUUUCACACGAGGAAAUCAUUGGCACGAUUAACAAAUUCAUCAAGGAAGAACAGUUACCGCAUCUGCUGUUUUACGGACCACCGGGAACGGGCAAAACCAGCACCAUUCUGGCCUGCGCCCGACAGCUGUACAAACCACAAUCCUUCGGUUCGAUGGUGCUCGAACUGAAUGCGUCCGACGACCGUGGUAUCAACAUUGUGCGUGGACAGAUUCUAGACUUUGCAUCCACGCGAACCAUAUUCAAGGGUGGCUACAAACUGAUCAUACUGGAUGAGGCGGAUGCGAUGACAAAUGAUGCGCAGAAUGCGCUCAGGCGUAUCAUAGAAAAGUACACAGAAAAUGUGCGUUUUUGCAUAAUCUGUAACUACCUGAGCAAAAUCAUUCCGGCCAUACAAUCGCGUUGUACACGGUUCCGUUUUGCGCCACUGUCAGCGGAACAGAUUCUACCACGCUUGGAGCACGUGAUUGAAGCGGAAGGAAUCGACGUGACCGACGAUGGGAAAAAGGCACUCAUGACCCUGGCCGGUGGCGAUAUGCGAAAAGUGCUCAACGUUUUACAGAGCACGUGGAUGGCGUAUAAAAGCGUGACGGAGGUAAACGUGUACAACUGUGUAGGGCAUCCGCUGAAAGAGGACAUCAAUAAUAUAAUAUUUUGGUUGCUAAACGAGGAGUCAUUUAAAACAUGUUACGAAAAAAUUCAGCAGCUAAAGACCCAGAAAGGUCUGGCGCUGGAGGACAUUCUUACGGAGAUACAUUUGGUUGUGAAUCGGCUGGAGAUUCCGCCGCGAGUUUCCUCUCAAUUGCUGAUCAAUUUGGCAUCGAUCGAAGAGCGACUAGCGGAUGGGUGCGUCGAAAAGCCACAGAUAACAGCUUUGAUAGCAGCGUUCAGUAAAUUGCGUACUUUAGUCGUUUAACAGUGAUCA